GAAAGAAGCUCUUGCCGAACCAAGCCAGAAACGCAAGCGCCGUCCCCAACCAACCGCCCCCCACCCACAAUUCCCGUCGAGCGAGGCGAAGCCGCCGCCGCCGCCGCCUCCUCCACCAUCCGCAGCUGCCUCCGUGACCUGCUCCACCGCGCCGCCGCCAGCCUAGCUGCCGCCUUGACCCAUAUCCGCUCCGCAUAGCCCCGCGAUCUCCUCUGAACUCCUCUAGGUCUAGGGCAUAGCCUCCUCCGGCGCCGCCUGCCCCUGUUCCGAAUCAAUGGGCCGUCAUCGUCCUGUUCAGGAUGCUUCACCACCACCUCCACCUCCACCACCUCCUCCUCGUCUGGCUCCCCUUCCAACGCAUUGCCAGGUACAAUCUCAGCCACCCCAACCGAGCCCCAGUGUGCCUAGCCAGAGAGAUACACUUCCUUCUGAUUCGGUUGAAACCGGAAAGAGCCCUCAGAGUUAUCUUUAUGAUCCCUCUACUGAAUCUCGAGUGACAGUGACACCACAACCAAGACUGGUGGUUUCGAGCAGUGGUCGCUUUUCAUUGGAGUCACAGUCGGAUUUUAGCUCAAAUAGAUUCGAAUUACUAUCGCUGGAAGAGGACGGCGAUGAUUUACCGUCUGCUUCUGACUCAUCUGGCAGGCAUGGUGGUGAUAACAAUGAUGAACGAGAUAGUGGUGAAGGUGCUGUUGUCGCUCGUCAACAUAGUUCUAAUGAUGGUAGUGACAAUGAUGUGGAUAUCGGAGAUCCUUUUCUUACCGAUAGAUUUGGAAAUUUGACAAGUUGGAGGUUGAGUGAUUUGGAGGCAGCAGCAGAUAAUUAUCUUGAAGAUGAAGAAAGUGAAACAGAGGUAGAAGAAAAGAAAUAUUCCAAAAAGGAAAUGCUAAAGCGUGAUGCGGACCGUAAGAAACAGUACAUGGAAUAUGCUUUACAGAAAUAUAACAAUGACGAGGAUCUUGCUGGGGAGAUGCGUUUUGUGUUUGAUGAAAGUAAAGAUGAAGUUUUCAUUAUUGAAGGAAACAUGAACUUCUAUGAACACUUCAACUUUACAGCUAAGCAGGCUGGUUCCACUGUUCUAUUCUUUGCUGAAGUGAUCCCAGACGAAGGAGAACUGUGUGAUGUUCUUUGCUGCAAGCCUUUGGAUUCUGAUGACAAUGGACAUUGCUUUGGUUGUAAGAAUCAAGGUUCUGUGGACUUGAGGCAUCCAGCUGGCGGAAGUUUGUAUGUUGGAGGUCAUGUGGAUUGCGAGUUCCCAUUUAUGUGGGAUAGUAUCAGUGAGUUACUGUAAAUCAAGAUGACUCUGACUGAGGGAAGAUUUCCUAGAUGGCCAUAAAGAAUGUCUGAUGGGGUUGUUGGUCUUCAAUUAUUCUCACUUUAACGUCCACUAGUUUGCUGCCCGUGCGUUGCCACGGAAAAAUAAAGCCCCUUUGACUCAUAUAGGAUAUGAUUAUUUUAGAAAUAUAGUAAAAUUAUAGGAAAUAAGAUGUCAUGUAUCUCAAAUACUAUAUGAAAAGACAUCAUUUGGGAA